UUGACAAUACUAUUAGAGUUAUCAAUUUGGAUAUACCAGAUUACAAUUUGCCAAAUAGUAGAAAUAAUAAUAAUCAGUAUAUUGGAAUCAGCUCAUUAUAUAGUAAUGAGCCCAGCAAUGUUAAUAAUACUACUGACUUUCCUGCUACUGAUUAUCUACCUACUGAAGCACCUUCAGCUGCUGUUGCUUCUUCAACUACUCCUAUUGCCACAAGUACUAACAAGUAUAACAAUUAUAAUAACAAGAAAAACAAUGAUAAUAAUACUAUUGACUCUCCUGCCGCUGAUUAUCUACCUACUAAAGCAUUUUUAGCUGCUCAUAACAAUAAUAAUGAUAAUAACGAGCAUAGCGAUAAUAACGAGUAUAGUGAUACUAAUGAGUAUAGCGAUAAUAACGAGCAUAACGAUAAUCCUGUAAAACAGAAAUUACCUGUGGAGCUUCGUUUAAUAACAAAAGCAGAAAUUGGUCUUAAAAUAUCGAGCAAUAAUCCUGAUAACUUUGUUAAACCUAAAAGAAAAAAACAAAGGCAUAUAUCGAUUGAUUAUGAAAAUAAUGAAUCUUCAGAUCCUAAAAGCGUAGUUAAAA